GUGUGGGAACUAACUUUCUCGAGGGAAAUUUAUAUUUUCCGGAAAAUGCCUAUAUGUUGGGAGGGAAACUAUUGGGAACCUAUUGGGAAACUAUUGGGAAAAUACGAAUCUUCCCAAAAAUCGGGUAUUGGACACAAAGUGGUCAGUCAAACGGCACGAGUAGUUUGCAUAUAAACUCUGAAAUGAUGAGCCAUUACUCGGCCAUAUCGAUGAAGAACGUGAUGCUGACGGUGACGACCGUCAUCUCAGAGCCGUACACAAUGUUCAAAGACAGCGCCGAAACCCGUAUCGGAAACGAACAGUUCGAGGGAUUCGCCGUCGAUCUCAUCGAAGAGUUAUCCAAAAUAAUGGGUUUUAAUUAUCGCUUUAAAUUGGUUUCCGACGGCGCCUAUGGUAUCAAAGACGAGGAAAGCGGUGAAUGGAAUGGCAUGAUUGGCGAAUUAAUCAGGAAUGAGGCCGACAUCGCUAUAGUAGACCUCACCAUAACAUUCAAACGUGAAGAGGCCGUCGACUUUACUCAACCCUUUAUGAACACAGGAAUCAGCAUUUUAUUUAAAAAGCCCACCACUAAAGUGACGACACUCUUCUCCUUCCUCUCUCCCUUUCAAAAUAUAGCAUUGUUAGAAGACUUGAACGAAAUGAGAAAUGACGAGUCCAUCCCCUAUAGUGUCAGCCGUCAUCACCCGUUGCUGUCUUUGAUAGCGUUGCCAGAUAUACAGGAA